UAGACUUGAUCAUUCUUUUAUUUUAUACGUGGAUUUAUACAGGAGUGUUUGAAGUGGAAACGCUUCUUAUGAUAAUUGGGUCUAGUUAUUAUUCCCUUUUCGAGAAACCCUGAAUUACAUUUACUGAUCCACUAUAAAAUUAUAUUAAAUCAUGGGUGCGUUUCAAUCUCUUUUUAAAAGUUUAUUUGGUAGAAAAGAAAUGAGAAUUUUAAUGGUAGGGUUGGACGCGGCAGGAAAAACCACUAUUUUAUAUAAAUUAAAACUUGGAGAAAUUGUUACCACUAUUCCAACGAUAGGUUUCAAUGUUGAAACAGUUGAGUACAAAAAUAUUAGUUUUACUGUGUGGGAUGUUGGUGGCCAAGAUAAAAUUAGACCCUUAUGGAGGCACUACUUUCAAAACACUCAAGGUCUGAUUUUUGUUGUGGAUUCAAAUGAUAGAGAGCGUGUUGGUGAGGGCAGAGAAGAAUUAAAUAGAAUGCUUAACGAAGACGAGUUGCGUGAUGCCGUUCUUCUUGUUUUUGCAAAUAAACAGGAUUUACCAAAUGCUAUGAAUGCAGCUGAAGUUACAGAUAAAUUAGGAUUACACAACAUUCGUAACAGGAGUUGGUAUAUUCAAGCAACUUGUGCAACAAGUGGUGAUGGGCUAUAUGAAGGUUUAGACUGGCUUUCCAACGAACUGAAGAAAAAGAAAAAUUAAUAAAACUUUGUCUAUUUCUUAAAUCAAUAAUAUCUCUGUUACUCGAUUCAGAGCAGUGUUUGCGACCAAAUUACCAGUUGUGCGUUGUUGGAAUAUAUAAGUUAUUUUUUUUCUUUAUUUUUGAUAUACACAAAUUACGGUGAAAAUUUUCACUGAUUUAUGACGGCGUCUGCUUACAGUUACAAGCGAUAGCGAUUAUCUCACUAAAUUGCAAUUGUUUGUUUGUUUUUUACCUUGAAAAUUAUUUUUGUUUUGCAUACCUAUUUUUAAAAUUGUGCUCAAUUUUUGUUUUUGGAGUAUGUGAUAUAAUUAGCCGAACAAAAAAAAAAUUAUUUGGUAUUGUGUGUUUCAAUCAACUUAUUGACUAAUUUGUAUGAACUGCAUCCACAAAGAAUAAAUAAUUUUUUUUUUCAAUA